GAAAUGACGUUCCUCAGUAAGCAUCGUUCCCCAUGCGCCACACAUGUCGAUUAUUUGGUUUCACUGAAAUGAGUUCGGUUGUCUCUUUAUACAUGUGAGGAAUGUAUCUGUGAUUUCUCCGCGUUCCUGUCGAGUGGCCAGAUAAAUUACUGAAGAAAAAUUCUGAAAGAAAGAAGUAACGUUAGCAAACUAGCCCCGCAACUCAGCAGGCAUCAUGGUCCGAGCACGGAGGACGGUGCGAAAGCCGAAGGCCACGAAAACGGAACAGUAUGACAGCGAUGACCCCGACGCCGAGGGGGGCGUCCCAGACAAGCGCUCCUCCAAGUACAUGGAGGAUAAAGUGGAUGAAUAUCACAACGCCAAGAUCAAGAAACUCCUGGCUGACGGAGUUCAGGAGGACAGCGACCAAGAGGAGCUUGAUGAGGAGGACGAGGUGAUGCCAUUAGAGGUCCCAGACUCAGGGGAGGAGGAAGAGGCGGCUGAGGAAGAUGAGGACAUGGAUAGUGACCUCGAGGGGAAGAACUAUGAUGAUCUCCCCAGUGACAUGGCGUGGGGACACCGGAAGAAGAUGUUUUAUGAUACAGAUUACGUCACCGACAAGGGCAAAUCUAAAGAGGAGGUGGCGGCUGAGGAUCAGGAGGAAGAGGAGGAGGCCAAAAACAUCCAGAGGCGCCUGGCGGCCGACCUCAGUGAGGAAGACUACGAUCUGAACCUGCUGCAGGAGUUUGCGGUGCAGGAGGAGGCGUCCCGGCCGGUGGAGAAGGAGGAGCACAUAGUGAAGGACCUGAAGGAGAUGUCUCAGAAGGAGAAGAUGAAGCUGCUCAGGAAGGAGUCGCCGGAGCUGCUCGAGCUCAUCCAGGACUUUAAGGCCAAGCUGGCGGAGCUGAAGGACGAGAUCCAGCCUCUGGUGGAGAUGGUCAAAGAUGGCCGCAUCCCCGCUGGGAAGGGGGCCAACUACCUCCUGACCAAGCAGCAGCUCUACCUGCACUACUGCACCAACAUCAGCUUCUACCUGGUUCUGAAGGCCAAGCGGGUCCCAGCGCAUCACCACCCCGUGAUCGAGAGGCUGGUCACCUACAGAAACCUGAUCAAUGAGCUGGGUACUGUGGAUGCCAGGCUCGCCCCCCAGCUGCGGCAGCUGCUCUCAGGAACCAACAGGCCAGCGGGCACCAAACCAGCGGGCACACCCAGUGAGACCAAGAUAGAGAGGCAGGCAGAGGGAGAGGGAGCAGAUUCCGAGGAGGAUUCUGAUUCUGAUCUGGACGAGGAGGCAGCGCUGAAGUUCUACAGAGGUGUGGAGGAGGGACUCAAACGCAAGCGCCAAACUACAGCGUCCUCUACAGCUGAGGGAGCUGAUGAAGAGGAGGAGGCUGAAGAUGAAGGCUUGGAAGGGGAUGCGAAGAGAGGCAUCACCUACCAGAUGGCCAAGAACAAAGGACUCACCCCCAAGAGAAAGAAGAUCGACCGCAACCCUCGAGUCAAACACAGAGAGAAGUUCAGACGAGCUCAAGUCCGCAGAAAGGGACAGGUCCAACAGGUCCAGAGGGAGCUGACCCGGUACAGUGGAGAAAUGUCCGGAAUCCGCGCCGGGGUUAAGAAGAGUGUUAAACUCAAAUAGCGAAUCAGAACUGGACACUAAGACAGCGCCUGUGUGUGUGUGUGUGUGUGUGUGUGUGUGUGUGUGUGUGUGUGUGUGUGUGUGUGUGUGUGUGUGUGUGUGUGAGAGAGUGUGUGUAAGAACUUGCAAUCUGUGUGUGUGAGUUCACAAUGCCUUCCUGAACUGUGACCUGUACUCUUUGUAUCUUUGUACUGAUCAUCCGUGUAUUGAGGAGCUGAAUGCUGUGUAGUCCACUGCAGUGAUCUUUAUUAGCAUGCUCAGAAUCUGAUAAACAUCACAUGACAUCA